ACAAUCCCAAUAUCACACACUCUGAGCGUCUCACUGAUACAUCCAUCCUGAACUGCAACAAUUACUCUGUAACAAAUGUUUAACUACAAAAUAAAAGUGGCCACGGGGGACGAACUGUCUGCUGGAACCAUCAAUUUCAUCUACAUCGUUCUUGUGGGGGUUAACGGAGAGACCCCUAAACAUCACCUGAUACCCUGGCUGAAGGAUUUUACCCCAGGAGCUGUGGGUGAGUACAAGGUUACCAGCAAUGAAGACAUUGGGGAGAUCCUGUCUGUUCGGCUGUACAAGGAAUAUUAUCUGGUGACCGAUGAAUGGUUCUGCAAAUAUGUCAAUGUGACAUCCCCAAGUGGACACACAUAUCAUUUCCCAUGUUACCAGUGGCUUUCGGGCCCCAGGAUUCUGGAAAUCCCAGAAGGAAGAGGGAAAUUAUUAUUGGGUACUGUAAAUCCUGUGAUCCAGCAGCAGCGAAGAACUGAACUGGAUGACAAAAGAAAUACACACCGGUGGCGAUUUUACUCAGAAGGCGUUCCCUAUUGUAUACAUGUGGAUAACAUUAAAGAUCUACUAUUGAAUGAUCAAUACUCCUCCACAAAAAUAACAAGCUUUCUCGCUACUUCAGCCACAACUGUGAUUGCUACGAAGCUGAAAGGAUAUGAUAGCAGCACAGCAUCGUGGAGGAACCUAAAUGAAAUGGAGAGGGUCUUCUAUUUCAUCACAACAAAAAAUUCAGAGCGAGUUUCCCAGGUAUGGAAAGGGGACACCUUUUUUGGGUACCAGUUUCUGAACGGAGUAAAUCCAAUACAAAUCCAACAAUGUUCCAGCAUUCCUGACAACUUCCCAGUGACUGAUCACAUGGUGGCUGGGUCUCUAGGGACUUCCACCAACUUCCAGACAGAACUACAGAAAGGGAACGUCUUUCUGGCUGAUUACAAGAUUCUCCAAGGACUGCCAAUCAAUACAAUCAAUGGCCAAAAGCAAUACCUCGCUGCCCCGCUGUGUCUCCUUUGGAGAAGUCCCCAGGAUUAUAUCAUUCCCAUAGCAAUCCAGUUGGGUCAAACCCCAGGAAAUGACUCCCCGAUAUUCCUGCCCAGUGACCCUGAGUGGGACUGGACCCUCGCCAAGAUGUGGGUGCGCAAUGCUGACUUCCAGGUCCAUGAAACUGUAUCUCACCUACUUUACACUCAUCUCUUUGCUGAGGUCUUUAGUAUUGCAACUACCAGACAGCUUCCGAUGGGCCAUCCAGUGUAUAAGCUCAUUAUCCCUCAUUUUCGCUACACUCUGGCAAUCAACACUCUCGCUAGACAAACUCUUAUCAAUCCUGGCGGAACGUUUGAUCAGAUAACAACCAUUGGACAGAAAGGUCUAGCUGUUCUUCUUAAAAGAGCGAUGGAAGAGUUAACCUAUGACUCCCUCUGCCACCCUGAGGACAUCAAGAACAGAGGCGUGGAGUCCAUUCCAAAUUACUUCUACAGAGAUGAUGGGAUGAAGAUCUGGCUGGUAAUAGAGAGACUUGUCUCAGAUGUGGUCCAUUACUAUUAUAAGGAUGAUGAUUCCGUCUCAAAGGAUCCGGAGCUCCAAGCCUGGGUGGGAGAAAUCUUUACAAAAGGUUUCCUGGACAAUCAGUCCUCAGGAAUCCCAUCAUCUCUGGAAACCAAACCUGAACUGAUUAAAUACCUGACCAUGGUGAUCUUCUCGUGUUCUGCGAAGCACGCAGCAGUAAACAGCGGCCAGUUUGACUUCUGCUCCUGGAUGCCGAAUUGUCCAUCGUCCAUGAGGAAGCCCCCUCCUACCAUAAAAGGCACGGCCACCUUGGACAGCAUCCUGCAGAUCUUGCCACAAGUUAACACGACAACGAGAACUAUGACAGUGGUCUGGGUGCUGAGCAACGAACCCCAGGACCGGAGACCUCUCGGUAAUUACCCAGACGAACAUUUCACAGAGGAAGCGCCAAAGAAAUACAUUCAGGAAUUCCAGACAAAGCUGUCUGAAAUUUCCAGUCAAAUUAAAGAGAGGAACAAAAGCAAGAAUCUGACUUACCCGUAUCUGGAUCCCGAGAGGAUUGAGAACAGCGUGUCCAUUUAACCCACAAUGAAAGUGACAGAAGAACAUUUCACCAGACUAAACGGCCAACCACUAAAUCCUAAUCUCAUAUAUGCUUUUCAGAAAAAACUGAUUCAAUAUCCAAUCAUUUCUCUUUGCUUAUCUAAGUUCUGCUGCUGUAGAUGAUUCCAGGCGUUACUCCUUUUGCCAUCCACCCAUCAACUUCACCAUCUCAUUCCUUCUCCAAACUAUCUGUAUUUAGAGCAUGACGAGCUGUUUGGUUGUUGGGACGAUGUGGAAGUGAUGUAAAACCUAUAGAGAGAUUAUUCCUUCUCACUGCAGCUAAAAUCUAGUGUGACUGUAGUCCCCAUCGUCAGGAGCAUAAGAUGGACACUUUGUGUAGGUCACCAGACUAAUCUUGUGGUUAAGUCACAGAGUGUGUAUAAGGUAAUUGUGUGUAAUGUAACUGUUAAUUGUUUAAUGUUUUGUGUGCUCUCCUGUCCUGCUGACUUUCUACUAACUAGAUGGAUUUGGCAGUGGAGCCUGUACAGCGCCAUCUGUUGGCUGUAAAGAUUUUAAAGCCGUUAUCAGCACUACCUGAAUAGCAAGGCUUGUUAAUUUGCAUAUUCAGAUAGAUAUGCAUAUUAUGGUUUCUGCAGACAGGGGACAUAUUUCUUGUCUGUCGUUUUCUUCCCCACCCCUUUAUAAGUAUGUCAUUGUGUUGUUAUGAGUUCCAGUUUAUUUUCCAGUAUAUUUCCAGAGUUCCAGUAUAUUUUCCCAUAUGAGUUGGUGUCACCAUAAAUGAAAUGUAAUGUGGAUAGGGGCUAAUCCUCGGUGCAAAUAAAAGAUUCUUCAUUCUU